AUGCCGUCUGAGCUGGAGGCUGGCCAUGAGAGCUGCUGCCAGGUGUCAGAUAGCUCCAUCCUCGUGAGGGCCGGCGGAGGUAACCACUGGCGGAAGUACUCCUUCGACGCCUGCCUGCCGGAGGAUCGGUCGCAGAAGCAGGUCUUCCAAGAGAGUGGGGUGGUCUGCCUGCUGGAUUCAGCGCUGGCCGGCUAUGCGGCGACGGUCUUGGCCUACGGCCAAACCGGCAGCGGCAAGACCUAUACCAUGAUGGGCCGCUCUGCGUCUUCCGAGCGCUCCGAGUGCAAGGAUGAGGUCAAGAAGAACGACGGGCUCAUCAUGCGAGCCGCUCGCCGCCUCUUCCGACAGAUCGGCGACACGCCGGAGGUUCGCGUUAGAGUGACGGCCUCCUUCGCGGAGAUCUUCAAUGCCCCGGGCGCUGUGAACGAGUGCAUUUGCGACCUGCUGAACCCCGAAGCCGGGAACUUGCAGGUGAGGUUCAGCCAAAGACACGGCUUCUUCAUCAGCGACCUGGCGGUCGUGGAGUGCGGGAACUUGGCGGAUGUCAGAUCUGUGCUGGAGGCGGGCCUACAGAACCGCCGAGUGGGCGCCCACGCGCUGAACCGGGAGAGUUCCCGGACCCACGCCCUGUUCACGCUCCACGUGGACUCGGAGAAGCCAGCGGAGCCAGGUGCUAGCGCUACCAGGACCUUUGGCAAGGUGACCUUCGUGGACUUGGCUGGAAGUGAGCGGCUGAAGGAGAGCCUUUCGGAGGGCAAUGCCAGGAAGGAGACCCAGGACUACCUGCGCCCUGUGGAGUUGGUUCGGAAGUGGGCGAAGAGCAAGGUUCGCAGCACGCGCUGCGAGCUGAAAUCGUUGGACGCUGCGAAUCUGAGUGCGGAGGCCUUUGCUGAGCUGGCCAUCAACAACGAGCAGGGCUUGGUUCUGCGGAACUUGCCGCUAGAAGCCCUCGCGCGGCCCAACGACUGGAGCAGAGAGCGUUUGCUGCAGCGUUUCGGAGACCGCCUCAUUGCAACCGGCACCGGGCGCUGGGAUCGCCCCGAGGCCACCCCCGAACGGCGCCUCGCGACCUUUGCGCAGAGCGCGAAUGACACCGCGAAGAAUCUGGUCGCCAAAGGCUACACGCACCAGAUCGUCUCGGAGACUUUCUGGGGCCCCGAGGGCAACUGCUCGGAGCCGGUAGUGGCUGGGUGGCACUGCACAGAUCGCGCCAAGAUCUUUCCCGAGAUCUUGGUGGACUUCGACAAGAGGCCCACCCUGCAGGUCGCCAUGUCCUCCGCUUCCGGCACCCAACUUCACUCCCACGAGGAGACGUGGCUGGCUCUGCUGCACGGCAGAAAGGCUUGGUGGAUUGCGGGGGAGGAGCCGUCCAGGGAGCUCCUCAGCGAAGAGCAGGCCAACACGCGGCACCCCUGCCAGUGGCUGGAGGAGGGCGCUCCAGAGGGCCUAACCUUCUGCGUGCAGCAGCCAGGGGAGGUCAUCUACUUUGGAUUAAGGCUCCAUGCUACCUGCAACUUGGACGACUACGUGCUGGGCAUUGGUGCGCAAGGGCGGCUCUUGGACCGAUCUGCCCUGGAGCUCGCAGUGCACCGGGGGCAGACUGCGCUGGUGCAAGAUCUGCUGCAGGCCAAGAAGAAGCCGCCGAGCACGCGGCAGCUGCAGCGCUGGCUCGGACACGCCUUGGACUAUGGCUUCACCUCCUUGGUGGCCCUAUUGCUCGAUCGGAAGGCGGACCUGCAUCGUCGCUUGGACGACGGCAAGCCUCCGCUGCACACCGCGGCGGAGAAUGGGCACAUGGAGACCGCGAAGCUUUUGCUGGAGCGCCGAGCAGAUGUGCGGCUGAAGGACGUGGAUUCCAAGGAGGCAUUGCACCAUGCAGCCUAUAACGACAACGGCCACGUUGCGACGCUGCUGCUGGCGCGGCGUGCAGAUCUGCAGGCCAAGGACCAGCGGGGGCUCAGCGCCUUCGCCUCAGCGGCGGACGGGGGGUACCCGGAGCUGAUGGAGACGCUGCUGCAACUCCAUGCGCCCCAGUCCGCCCAAGGUUUUCAGAAUGCAGCGGUGCAUGCUGCAAGCAAGGGCCAUUUGCCAGUGCUCAAGGCGCUGGCCAAGUGGACGGACCUCGCCAGGCGCGACAAGCAGGGCCGGCAACUGGCGGACCAUGCGGAGUACUAUCAGCAUGUGUCGGUGGCACAGUGGCUGAGGAAGCACACGGCAAGCUCGCCCAAAGGGGGCAAGGGCUCAAAGAAGCCGUCGACGGAGCUUUAA